AGCGCCGAUGUUUGGCUCGAGCCGUGCGCUGCGAGAGGCGGACACCCAGCCCGCGGUCGCCCUCAUCCCCCCUCGGCAGCGAUGGCCCGCGACCUCGAGCUGGGCCAGGAGCUGCCGGUCUCGUGCCAGAGGCUGGGGUUCGGCCUGUCGUGGGACGAGGUCCGGGGCCAACCUGCAGGCGGUGGCGUUCGACGCGUCUGGGAAACUUCUGGACGCGGUGGCGGAUACUACAAUAACCUCAAGGCCCUCGGGAAGGGUCUCCUGCACGGCAGCGACGAGGUAUCGGGCGCCAAGAAAGGCAUCGAUGAGAUCGUCUGGGCCGACCUGGAGCGGUUGGCUGCCCAGGUCGAGCUGAUCGUGUACGUCGUCGCGUGCCACAGCGGAGGGCACCUGCGGGACAUCAGAAACGGCAGAUUCCACAUAUUGGAGGACUCCUUGAGCAACGAAGUUGGGCAGUUCUCGCUGGAGAGGAGCGACGAGGAGGUGGACCUCGUUGCUGCCGUCAAGCGCGACGGCAACGGCUGGAGCAUCGGCCUCAUCCAGGAGCCCGCACAGGACGGCCAGCACUUCAUAGACAUCCUGGAGCCCACCAUCGGGAACUACGUGAGGAAGGUAAUCCCCGGCGCGCCUCGGCGCAUCAAGGCCUGCUUCGCGAUGGAGAAGGGGGGCGUGGCAGACCUGCCCCGCUCCAGCGAGCUGGGCGCGAUCAAGGCCGGGCUGGGCUGGGACACCGCCAAGGGCGAGAUCGACCUGGACGUGUCGGCCAUUCUGCUGGACCAGGGCGGAGGGCAUGUGGACACCGUGUUCUUCUCGAACUUGGAAGCCCCUGGGAUCAAGCACUCUGGAGACAAUCUCACGGGCGCUGGCACCGGCGACGACGAGGUCAUCCACGUAGAUCUGAACGCGCUGGGGCCGAGGGUGCACCAGGUCUUCUUCGUCAUCAACAUCUACACCAGGGGCAAGUCCUUUGCGCAGGUGGCCAACCCGUACUGCCGUGUGCUCAUGGACUCUGGGGACGAGUUCUGCAAGUUCAGGCUGGCGGAGGCGGGCGACCAACAGGGGCUCCUCAUGGCGAGACUGAUGAAAGAGGCGAACCGCUGGGGGUUCCAGGCCUUGGGUAUGCCCUCCGCCGGCAGCAUGUGGAAAGAUUCGAUGCCGGACGUGAUGAAGUACGCGGCCACUAAGGCCAGCGACUUGCAGACGAUGGACGCGCCUUCUGCCGCCAGGGGCUCGUCCUGCUCCGCCAGAGCCUCCACCAGAGGCCUCAGGGUCACGAUCGUCAGCGCUACGGGCCUCCGCAGCGCUGACUGGAACGGCAAGUCCGACCCCUACUGCACCGUCGAGUUCGAGGGCCAGCCUGCCUCGAGGGUGAAGACCUCCCACCAGAGCAAGACCCUCAGCCCGACCUGGAACGAGGCAUUCGUCCUGUCGGGCGGCGGCGGCGGCGGCGGGCUGAGGUUCUGCCUGUACGACUACGACAUGCUCGGGAGCCACGACGCGCUGGGCGAGUGCGUGCUGCCAGCGGAGCAGCUGUCGUCCGGCACCUUCGACGGGAGCCUGGACGUCCUCUUCUCGGGGGAAGGCUGGCGGCGCGGCCAGGGUCUGCGGCAGUCUCCGGGUCGCCGUGCAGCCCGCGUGACAUCCAACGCCAAAAAACGGCAUGAGCAUGAAUGUUACCAUGAAACUUGGUAGAUACACAUGACGCGGGCGGCCUCGGCGAGAGCUGGAUGUUCACGUGGCCGCACGUAUUUCCAGCGCCCGGCCUUUCUUUGGUUGGGAACGCCAGGCUUCCGCAUGGAGUGUACUCAGGGCGCGGCGUCCGCAUGUUCAAGCUGUGAAUCCAGCCAUGUGCGCACGGAGGCACGACGAGCUCGGCGCGUCCCCCGGCUGUUGCUGCACAGUGCGUCGUGCCCUCGCGUCGCUGCUGGCCAACAAAGUGUUUCUGGUUCUAUGGUAUGCGUAUACGUUUUUUGUCUCGCUGCUCAUCGUCGCCCUCCUCGUCCAGCCCCCCCUGUUCAGGAUGUCUUGCACCUAGGGCAGGGAUGCCUCAGCACAUCCCCGUACUGUAACUCGCUAGUGCUGAUGGCCUGACGGCCAGCAUCGCGCACCCACAUGUCUUUUGAUGCCGAGUUACUUGCAUUGGAACUGUAUGGCAGCUGCUGGCUAACUGGGACUGCAUGGCAUAUCGGACUGAAGCCAGCUUGUGAACGUGAUUGUGCUCACCAGUGCUGGGCAACGGGCUUGAGAACAACCCUUCCUCACCUUUGCCAUCGUUUUGCUCCACGGAGCGGAUUCGCUCCAGGGCGCCACGUCAACAGGUCCUGCGGCAUUCCUUUUCCAGGGCCCUAUCUGCAAUCUUGUGGGUAUUCGAAUUGUUUGACCCAGUCCAGAUUGUUAAUUCGUUUCGAGAAAUGCAGUUGUGGUAGAGCGAGUACAACUCACGGCUCCCGCCGCGCGGCCAUCUACUCCCGACGUCUUCCGACGCGCACGGUAGGUCGCACAUUGUUGAGGUCUCUCGGAGUGCGGCUUUGCUCGAUUAGUUCGGCUUUCGGCCCCACACCGUUUCGCCGCCGUCUCCGCUUCCUCCUCCUCCUCCUCCUCCUCCUCCUCCUCCUCCUCCUCCUCCUCC